CAACUAUUAUCAAUUUGCCGAGUUUGAGCGUAAUGCAUAAGGCAAGACGAAUAUUUAUUAUAAAAUCGACGGUCAUAAGGAACAGUCACAGCUUACUUGAUAUAUUUUAAAACAAAGACAUCAAGCCUUCAAGCUACAAACAACUUCUUAAUAAUUGCUUGACUACAAACAAAAAUAAAAUAUUUGGUAAAAUUUUUAACAAAUACUUUAAAGAUGGCUAAACCCUUUAAGGCACCAAACAUCGGUAUUAGCGCGAGACAAACGCAACAGCACCAACCGGCUAACAGUUUGCCAUCAUCGUCAAGGGCUUCUCCUCAGCAAGCCGACGUCGAUCAUUUCGUAAAUGCUGGACAAGUUUAUCAUAUUAAUGCAAACUUAACAGCGCCUAGCAGAGGAAAGCCACUAGGAUGUUGGGAUUUUCUAAUUCAAACUCUCUGUUUCAGUCUACGGUCCUAUUCGAAGCGUCAACGGCCAGUGAUUAUUAAAAUUUCUUCGGAAUUUAAAAGUCAACGCCUCACUGACUCUGCCGUACCUACGGUAACCACGUCUGAGCCAAGUAAACAAUCGCAUGGAUAUCGAUCAUACUCAAACCAAGCCAGUCUGCCAUAA